AGUUUACUCGUUCUUUAUUUCCGGAAAAAAGGAAUGGUUGGUUGUUUAGAUUUGUAGACGAACUAGGAGUGUAUAAAAAUGAGAGUUGAAAAGUGUUUUUUCUGCUCUUCACCAAUUUAUCCAGGUCAUGGUAUUCAUUUCGUUCGUAACGACAGUAAGAUUUUUAGAUUUUGUCGCUCCAAAUGUCACAAAGCUUUCCAGAAGAAACGUAAUCCUCGCAAGGCCAGAUGGACUAAAGCAUUUAGAAAAGCAGCUGGUAAGGAGCUGACAGUGGAUCCAAGCUUAGAGUUUGAGAAGAGAAGAAAUGAACCUGUCAAAUAUAACAAAGAACUCUGGCAAACCACAAUCAAAGCCAUGAAAAGAAUUGAAGAAAUUAAAGUUAGAAGACAAAACUUUUUCAUAGCCAACAGAUUGAAAAAAGGUAAAGAAUUGAGAAAGGCAGCAGACUUGAGAGAAGUCAAAGACAACAUCCAUCUCAUCAAAUCACCAGCAGCUGGUCUGAAACAGAGAAGACAGUUAGUGGAGGUUAUACAGGAGCAGGAUGUGCAAGCCAUGGAAUCUAAUUAAGCUGUGAAUAGCUUGUAGAGAUGAACGAUUGUCAAUUAAAUAUAAUGCCACAGUUUU